GUGAGCUGCCUCUACAAAACUAAAACACCAGAGAGAUCCUCAUUUAAGUGGUCCUAAGAAAUUGAGCUUAAAACAAGACUCAGAUGAGGUACAGUUGAUUCUUAUAAAACCAUGGAUCUAUUAAAAUAACAUACAAAAGAAAACAUAGAUCCAUUAUUUAGUUAUCAGAGCACAAGGUUAGUUUAAAAUGAUAUAUGUACAAAGAUAAUUAAUCAAAUUCUAUCCAGUUCAAUACAUAUAAUUCAGAAAUUCAGGUUGGAGAUGUCUGAUGUAGGAACAGAUUCAGCUGAAAACUACUAUAUUGUGAGUCAGUUCUUUCUAUUGACAUUGCAUACUGCGGGGGAGUUGUUGUACUUUAAGCUCUCUGCAAGUUUAAUUGUAGCUAUGAUUCCUGAUGGUCGCAGAGGCACAGAACAGCAGCCACAUCUCUGUCAGUCUGCCCCAGGACAGCUGUAGCACAGUGACUAAGAAUGCAAGGGAAAGGAAAAUGCACUUUGAGUCCAUUUGCGUGAUCUUAAAUGCAUCUUUUAUUAAUACUAUUACUGCUUUUGCACACUGGACUGACAGAUACUGAUGUGAUGUAGUGACAGUUUUCAUGGCGUGGGCGUAUGGCGCUUCCUGUUGCUCUUGUGUCACUUCCUGUGGCUGUGGUGUCACUUCCUGUUGUGGGAUCUUUAGAUGAGUGAGACAUAAGGCUGAAGGUUUAUAUGAGAGAAGUCCUGGAGUCUGAGUGAGAUAUGUCAUCUUAAAGUACCGCCAACAGCGUAAUUUCUUCAGAAUGAGCUCUUCCGGUCCACUUUCUCCAGAGGUACAGACUCCGCCCCCUGGUCCUUUGACUCUGUCCCCUUCGGUGACCACACCCCCUCCUCUGACCACACCCCCACCUGUGACCACGCCCCCUCGGAAAUGCUCCAUAAGACUUCAGGAAAGACGAGGCUCUAAUCUCGCGCUCCUAUUGGAUGUGUCCAGCCUGGAGGAGGAGCCUCUGUGCUCUGUGUCCACGCCCAAAGAGGUGUGGCUUCAUCUGCUACACACCUCCACACGCAGACUGUCCCCGGCCGAGCUACAGGAAGCAGCAAAGGACACAUCAGCUCUGACACUGGAGUACCAGAAAAUUCCUCCAAACUUUGUCAGUUCAGUGGAGUUAAAUGUACCUGGUCACAUGAUCAAAGAUCGAUAUAAGACCAUCCUACCUAACCCAGAGACUCGAGUGGUUCUGAAGAGUCCAGAGGAAGGUCCAGACCGGUACAUCAAUGCCAACUACAUUCGGGGGUAUAAAGGAGCACCUAAAGCAUACAUCGCUACCCAGGGCCCCAUGGUGCACACAGUGGGGGACUUCUGGGACAUGGUGUGGCAGGAGAAAGCGCCUGCCAUUGUCAUGCUCACUAGACUGAAGGAGGAGCAACAGAAGUGUGAACUGUACUGGCCACAGUCCGACUCUGAACGGAGCUGUGGAUCUUUUGGACGAUUUCAACUCCAGGUCACAGACAGGAGCGAGAGACACGGCUUCACCAUUACCGACAUCAGUGUACAGUUAAACUCAGAAUCCCGAAGCGUCAGACAUUUCUGGUUCUCGUCAUGGCUCGAUCACCAUGUCCCAGAACACACCUCUGCUCUGCUGCGACUGGUCCAAGAGGUCGAGGACUUCUGCCCUCAGCCAGUCACAGAUGAGGAGAACAGGAGUGGACCCAUCAUUGUCCACUGCAGUGCAGGGAUAGGUCGCAGCGGCUGCUUCAUUGCCUCCAGUGUUUGUUGUAAACAGCUCAGAGACUCUGGGGCAGUCGAUGUUCUAGAGACGGUCUGUCAACUGAGACUGGACAGAGGAGGGAUGAUCCAAACGCAAGAGCAGUACCAGUUCCUGUACUACACCCUGGCACAGUACUCAUUACUACUACAGGGUGAGAGUGUGGAGAACUCAGAGCUGGAUUUAGACCUGCACAGACUACAGCUACACGAACAGUAGCAGGAGCAAAAGAAUAAAAGGUCAAGGUUUUAGUAUUUUUUGUCGAAAAAAUAUGUUUACUGAUUUUUUUUAAAUGUUAUAUUAAAUGUAACUUAAUGUAAAUAAUAAAAACUGUCAUUGAGGUA